AUGGCUACUGCACUCACCCGGCUCGAGGUUCUAGACCGCAACGCCCUACCAGAAUUUAUCAAGCCCGUCAAGCGCAUCCACGAGAGCGUCGACGUGUGCGAGUUUCUCAUCAGCUUGGCCUAUCGCGAUAUUGGCAUCUUCAUCAUGCAGCUCAACCACGCCGUGUGUCCGCGCCGCCGCCAAGGCACACCCGUGCCAGAGACAUUCAUAAUUUCCUCUAAGAACCAACCAGGGGCCCCCGUUGUGGCGCUGCAGGAACUGCUCGCCGAUAUUGAGCGCCUCAUCGACCAAGCACCACCCGCAGCAGGGCCACGCCGGUUCGGUAACCUAAGCUUCCGCACAUGGCACACGCUGCUGAAGGACAGGGUUGAUGCCAUGCUAGAAGCGGGCGUGCUGGGGAAGACGAUUGCCGCGGCGGGCGGAAAGGCAGCGCGCGAGGAAAUCAAAAGCUAUCUGCUGGGCGGCUUUGGCAGCUCCCAGCGUCUCGACUACGGCACAGGCCAUGAGCUCAGCUUUGUGGCGUUUCUCGGAUGUCUAUGGAAGCUCGGCCAUUUCAAGACUGAUCAAGAAGAGGCCGAGGUGGAAAGGGAGAUUGUCUUCUCCGUCAUUGAACCAUAUCUGGCGCUUGUUCGAAGGCUCAUCACUACGUAUACAUUGGAGCCAGCAGGCUCACACGGAGUGUGGGGUCUGGACGACCACGCCUUUGUACCAUACAUAUUUGGUUCGGGACAGCUGACCCGACCCAUUGACGACAAUGAACCCAUGCCGCUAGAAGGUUCUGUCAGAGGCGCGCCCAAGACGGGCGAUAUCAUCAAACCACAAGUUGUCGAGGAUAACCGCCAAUCAAAUAUGUACUUUUCCGCCAUUGGCUUCAUCAACGACAUAAAGAAGGGCCCUUUUUGGGAGCACAGUCCGAUGUUGUUUGACAUUUCGGGCGUGAAAGGUGGCUGGGGCAAGAUCAACAAAGGCAUGAUCAAAAUGUACAACGCCGAGGUACUGUCCAAAUUUCCUGUCGUACAACACUUUCCUUUUGGUUCACUCUUUUCGUGGCAAAACGAUCCCAACGCGCAACCCUUUGCAACACAACCCAUACCACCUGUCUUGUCAACGACAGUCGCACCUGUCGGAGGCACAGCAGCGCCAUGGGCCCAGACAUCGAGAGUGUCGCCAACUUCUGGAAUCACAGCUGGAUCAACAGCUCGCAUACCGCCGCCGGCACAAAGGCCCGGACCCCCAGUAAGUGAAGGAAUGGGCGAGAUGCCACCAACGAAAGCACCAUGGGCCAAAUAG